UGUUUCUGACAGAUUUGAAGUAUUUUUGUUUCCAGAUGGAUUCUGAGACCAAAACAGGGAAGGCUUACCUCCAACCACACAAAGCUGGCAAAGCAGGUCUAUGGCAUGCUGUGCCUCAGUGAUGCUGGCCUGCAGCCAGUGUGAUCCUGAUCAUCGUCACCAGCAUCUGCUUUCCCCGUCUCUCUCCCCUCACAGAAAUGGAAGCCGGUGUGGUUGACGUUGUUUCCUCCCAGCAGUGGGGGGGGUCGCCUGGAGAUCCAGGAUUUGGGAGGGGCAGGAGGUGAACAUGUGGCUGGGGUCAGGAGACACUACCAGCCUCAUGGGGACAAGAAGCUGAAGGUGGUCCAACUGUCUGAGCUUAUCAGUGUCCUCAGACUCCCCCCCAACGCUGAGGCCUGUCCCAUGGAGAACAUGUCAGCGUUUUGUGUGGAGACGUGCAACAGGACCAUGGUGUUCGCUGCGCUCAAGGACGACUGUGUGGACUGGGUGGAGAAACUUUGUCCCAGCGCGUUUCUGAAAGCUGAUGGCUCAGGUUCUACUCAUAUUGAGAUGGAGGAGAACCAGAUAUACGCUUCAGUAGAUGAAGCCUCAGAGUUCUGGGUGAUGGUUCAGAGGACUGACGCAGCGUCGCGCUGCGGCCUGAAAGGGGCGUACUGGCUGCAGGUGGGGCGAGAGGCGCUGCUACUGAGGGAAACACAGAAGAAGAACACUGUCAGAGAAUGGCCCUACGAACUCCUGCGACGAUAUGGAAAAGACAAGCUGGCUUUAACCAUUGAAGCAGGGAGACGCUGUAACUCGGGUCCUGGAACAUUCACCUUUGAGACACAGCAGGCGGAGAAAAUAUUCUCCCUGAUUCAGAGUACCAUCAAACGGAAGUCUUCCACUGUACCUCCCAGCAAUCAAAACCAAGAGGGGGAGAAAGUUAUUGUGACCCACAUAGGGGCUCAUUCCCCUCUCCCCAAAAUACCAGAUGGGAACAUUAUGGCUGCCAUGCUGGAGAACAAAGUAAGGGCACAGGAAGGUAGACCUGCUGCUUCAGAAGAGAGUGCUCAUGCCCAGGGAGAUGUGGUUGGUUCAUCAGAGAGCGUGUCAGUGCAGCCAGCUCCUAUCACACUGAUGCCUCUUCCACUGGUACCAACACAUAACAGUCACAGCAGAGCUCAACUGGGUGGCCAAUCAGAAGCUGUAUAUGCUGACCCUGCUGACUGCAUGGAAUCUGUACCAAAAGUGCCAUCGGCCACGGCUCUGUAUGUAGACCCUGCAUGUGUGUUACCCCUCAAACCCCCAGGUUUAGGAGAAUCUGUUACCCCCAUUAACUCUUCUGCUCAAAAGCCCGGCUUUACCACCCACCAACCAGAAUCUGUUUACUCAGAGGUGUACGACAAGAUCAGUCCGGUCCAGGAUGCUGUCAAUCAGGGCAAAGGAAAAGUUAUACGUUUUGCAGACGAUGAACCCAUUUAUGCCGAGCCCAUCAGUCAGAAGGAGGUAGUGUCUCAUAAAAAAGAAAGCAAACCUGACCCAUAUGCCCACCUUUAUGCUCAAGUCUGCAAAACAAAACCACCAUUUAGUCUUUCUUCAUCUACCCCUUCCUGCUCUGCCUCCUCUCCCUCCCUUGCUGACAGUGUGAGCACAGGAAAUGAUGAUGUCAUAUACGAAAACCUGGGCAUGAUUUGAUAAGUUAUUGUAGCUUUAUUCUCAAAUGAGGAGCCUGACAUAUGUUUGUGCAAUGACUGCCAGAGAGCGUGGGAGUUGAUUGAAAUACCAUGCAGAUAGUUUGCAUUGUACUUCGUGGCUGUGCUUCCUGUGUGUGUGUACUAUAUUAAAACCAUUUCAUAUUUCUGAAGAAAAAGGGGGCUGCGAGAACAUUCAAACCACAACGCAACUCCGUCACUGACAGUUGGAUGGGAGAUUUGCACAUGUGAUCGAGCAUGUAGCCUUGAGCAUCUAGCAACUAGCUUUCAGCAGAGGUCAGAGCAGAGUCAAUAUAUUUUAACCCAGCGAAACAUGAUGGCAUUUUGUAAUGCCAUAGCGUUCCACGUAUAUUAAAAGUAAAAUGUUUGUUUGUGAAGUUGUUCUGUUGAGAUGGGACUUUUUACAAUGAAAUGUGGGAUUGUUUUAAAUAGAGUUUGUAUAUUGCUGUAUAAAUAAUAAUUUCCAUAUAUAGUGUUUAAAGUAUUACCACUAACACACUGAUACCAUUUGCUGUGUAUAUAUUGUUCAUAGUGUAUAAUUAAGAACAUACUAUGUAACUACUAUGUAAAAUGUAGUGUUGGUUGAUUCUAUACAUUAAGCAGUUCCAGCCUUACUCAGUCUGGUUUGAUCCCAUUGAUUUUGCUGCUUAAAACGUACUAUGUC